UCCGCGCGACGGCGGUCACUAGGCCCCGCCCUUUGGGCGCCGUGGGGCCCUGCUCGGAGCCGGGAGAUCGUUAGGAGUCGUGGCCAUGGCCCUGGCGCCCGCCAAUCAGCCGGAGCUGAUCCGCGCCGCGCAGAAGGAUGAGUAUUACCGGGGCAGCCUUCGGAGCGCAGCCGGAGGUGCCCUGCACAGCCUGGCAGGUGCUAAGAAAUGGCUAGAGUGGAGGAAGGAGAUUGAGCUGCUGUCAGAUGUGGUAUACUUCGCCCUCACCACAUUUUCAGGGUACCAGACUCUCGGUGAAGAAUAUGUGAACAUCAUCCAGGUGGACCCAUCUAAGAGAAGAGUCCCGUCUUGGCUUCGCCGAGCCGCGCUGGUCUCCUUGCACACUCUUGUACCCUAUGCGCUGGACAGAGUCCUCGUACAUCUCGAGCAGGAGCUUCAGACAGAAGUGGAGAGCUCCAGGCACAUGCAGAACAGCUUCCUGCCUGGUGUCCGAGGGAGGUCGGCGGUGCGACGGUGGCUUCACAGACACAUCCGCCAUCUGUCUGAGGCGCAGAAGAAGACGCUCCUGCGCACUGUGUACGUUCUGAAGCAGAGCAUCACCUGCCUCCACCGGCUGCACGUUGCCAUGUUCUACAUCCACGGCAUCUUCUACCACCUGGCCAAGAGGUUCACGGGCAUCACCUAUCUCCGUGUGCGUGGCUUCCCUGGGGACAACCACAGCAUCCGCUGGAGCUACGGGGUCCUGGGGACGGUGUCCCUGCUGCAUCUCCUGCUCUCAGUUGGCGUCCAGGUCUACAGCUUCUCUCAGAGGCAGAGGGCACGGAAGGAGUGGAAGCUGCACCGCAGCCUCUCCCACCGCAAGAGCCACGUGGAAGAGAAGUGUGUGGGCAGGAGCUCCGUGUGUACCCUGUGCCUGGAGGAGCGAAGGCGAGCCACUGCCACACCCUGUGGCCACCUCUUCUGCUGGGAGUGCAUCACAGAGUGGUGCAACACCAAGACAGAAUGUCCCCUCUGCAGAGAAAAGUUUCAUCCACAAAAACUGAUUUACCUGCGGCAUUAUCGUUAGUGCUAACAAACCCAGCUCAAAGGGCAACAGAAGAAAAGGAAGAAGCUCUCAAGAGAUCAUGUUUUUAUUAAUGGACCAAAAGCAGAGUUCAUUUUAAUUUAUCCAGAAUCAUGAGGGUGACUUAACUUGCACUGAAAUUAUUCAGUUAAUUUGUUUUUGAAAUCACUGCAUAAGGUACUUUGUCCAGUGCUCAGAUAUUGAGGGAGGUACAGUGGGCAGUUAGGCCUAACUUAAUAACUUUGGGGAGUAUCCUAUCCAAGGAGAGGACUUCAAACAGGUAUGCAUAUAUGCACUGGAACAUAUACACCAAGGCAAGCUCCAUUUGACUCAGAAAAUUCAUCCUGGAUCUUAGACACUGUUGCCCAAUGUAUGAAUGUCCCAUCUUCCUUUCUAAUUAGGGUGGGAUAAUUGAGUUGAUUAUUUUAGACAAGUAGCCUUCUAACUUCCUUUCCCCCAAUUUCUGUGCUACUUGAAAACAGUUUCUGAGAAGUCAGCAUUUUGUGUAUUCAGAAAAGGGCUCACUGUGUUUAUCAAAAAAGCAAAGUUUUAGGUUUUCUUUCCUUACCCCCCAACUAAUGUGCAUCUGAAAGUAGAUUCUUUCGAAUUUACAUUCUAAGCAGUCAAAAAUAAAGGUCUGUGUAUAUAUUAUGGUAUAAUAA